AAGUAUCACGCUUCCAGUGCCCCCGAAUGCUGGGAAGCUCGUCAAGUUCAAUUGUGAUCCUUGAUACCCUGUCGCUGCGCCACAAUGGAAUUUCCGAAGACCGGCGAACGCUGCUCGGUGAAAGAUUGUAAACUGUUGGACUUUCUGCCGUUUGUGUGCGAGCAUUGUCGGGCCACCUUCUGUAAAGAGCAUUUCAAUGUGGUGUCGCACGAGUGUUUAAAAACAGAGGCCACAAGAUCCAUUGUGGAACAAUCGGCAAGCUUUCUGUGCUCCAAGGAGUCUUGCAAGGAUGCGUCGCCAGUCGAGAUGCCCUGUGUCAAGUGCAAGCAGCAUUUUUGCGUGACGCACAGGCACCACGGAUGCUUGGAACCCAGCGAAACCGAGAAGACGCAGAAACUGAAGAAGUGGCAGAUACCAAAGAAGCAGUUUGCAGAAGCGAAAGCUAUAGUGGAUCAACAAAUCGCGGACAGUCUGAGGAAAUCCAAGAACACAACACUGGCAAACAAGGUACAACUCAUGCGUGUCAAGUGUUCUGCGAUUGGUCCUAAAAAUGUGCCGACGAGCGAGAGAAGUUACUUCCUCGUGCAUUUGCCGCUCACGGUUAAAAACAAACACAUAGGUACGUCAAAGGGCGCCUACGUCAACAUGCACUGGACAUUUGGCAAAUGUAUAGAUUCGAUCGCGGACACGCUUAAAGUUCCCAACAACAACAAUACUGCCACCGCGAAUAAAUUGAGACUCUUCCGCCAUUCUACCGGAGAUCUGAUAUGCAGCGAGAUGGACACACCGUUGACAAAAUUAUUUGAAGACUCCGCUGUUUUUGACGGGGAGCGAGUUAUCUUGGAAUAUUCUGAUAAUGUACCUGAUAAUGUAAUAGAUUCGUCUUUGUAUAAAUAAGUAUCGUACGUAUGGUA